ACGGAGCGUCGCUGGUCGCUCAGAUUGUUGCUAGAAGGAGACGGCGUCGACGUCUGACUGGGCUUGCUGCGUCUUAGCCUUCAGUCGUGCGCGCUCGAUUCCGCGCUCGGAACCGGUCUCCGGCUUCUGGGCUGUGGGGCCUGGAAGAAGGCCUAUCGAGGCGGCUCGAGAACGAUCCGGGGACGCCCAGGCGCUUCCCUUGUCGUCCCGCUCAGCGCCAUGUCCUGGAUGUUCAAGAGGGAUCCUGUUUGGAAGUACUUGCAGACUGUCCAAUAUGGAGUCCAUGGAAAUUUUCCACGCCUCUCAUAUCCAACUUUCUUUCCACGUUUUGAAUUCCAAGAUGUUAUCCCUCCAGAUGACUUCCUCACUAGUGAUGAAGAGCUAGAUUCAGUUUUAUUUGGAACUUUAAGAGGUCAUGUGGUUGGACUACGCUAUUACACAGGAGUAGUUAAUAAUAAUGAAAUGGUUGCAUUACAACGAGAGCCUAAUAACCCUUAUGAUAAAAAUGCAAUUAAAGUCAACAAUGUGAAUGGAAAUCAAGUUGGCCAUUUAAAGAAAGAUCUUGCAGCUGCUUUGGCCUAUAUCAUGGACAACAAAUUGGCACAAAUAGAAGGGGUAGUUCCUUUUGGUGCAAACAAUGCUUUUACUAUGCCUCUGCAUAUGAGUUUUUGGGGAAAAGAAGAAAAUAGAAAAGCAGUUUUAGAUCAGUUGAAGAAGCACGGAUUUAAAUUGGGUCCUGCACCAAAAACUGUAGGAUUCAGUUUGGAAAGUAAUUGGGGCUCUGGGAGAGCUGGACCAAGCUAUAGUAUGCCGGUUCAUGCUGCUGUACAGAUGACAACUGAACAGCUUAAAACAGAAUUUGACAAAUUGUUUGAAGAUUUAAAAGAAGAUGAUAAAACUCAUGAAAUGGAACCAGCUGAGGCUGUUGAAACACCAUUACUUCCACAUCAAAAACAAGCUUUAGCUUGGAUGGUUUCACGGGAAAACAGUAAAGAACUUCCGCCAUUCUGGGAACAGCGAAAUGACUUAUACUAUAAUACAAUAACAAAUUUUUCUGAGAAGGACCGACCAGUAAAUGUCCAUGGAGGAAUUUUAGCUGAUGAUAUGGGUUUGGGUAAAACUCUUACAGCCAUUGCGGUAAUUCUUACCAACUUCCAUGAUGGAAAACCUCUUCCUAUUGAAAGAAUUAAAAAGAAUCUACUGAAGAAGGAUUGUAAUGUUAAUGAUGAAUCUAUGAAACUUGGAAGAAACAAGGCAACCAAUGAAAAGGCAGAUGGACUAAGCAAAGGAGGAUCUAGAUAUAGUGAAGAACCGAGUAUUUCAGAUGUCAAGGAGAAGAAUAAGUGCCCCAUGUCAGAAUUGUCUAGCUCCCGCCCCAAAAGAAGAAAAACUGCUAUGCAAUACAUUGAAAGUAGUGAUUCAGAGGAAAUUGAAGCAAGUGCAUUGCCACAGAAAAUGAAAGGCAAACUGAAAAAUGUACAGCCAGAGACUAAAAGCAGGAUAAAAGCAGGGUCUUCUAAGGUUAAAGAGGAUGCAGCAUUUGCAUGUGCACUUACUUCAUCUACCCCUGCUACAAAAAAGAAGAUGUUGAAAAAGGGAGCAUCUGCGGUAGAGGGUUCAAAGAAAACUGAUGUUGAGGAGAGACCAAGAACAACACUCAUCAUCUGUCCACUUUCUGUACUGAGCAACUGGAUUGACCAGUUUGGACAACAUAUAAAAUCAGAAGUACACUUGAAUUUUUAUGUUUAUUAUGGUCCUGAUCGUAUUAGAGACCCAGCCUUGCUUUCAAAACAGGAUAUUGUUUUGACAACGUACAAUAUUUUAACUCACGACUAUGGAACAAAAGGUGAUAGCCCAUUACACAGCAUAAGGUGGCUAAGAGUGAUCCUGGAUGAAGGACAUGCCAUACGAAAUCCAAAUGCUCAGCAGACAAAAGCCGUACUUGAUUUAGAAGCAGAAAGAAGAUGGGUUUUGACAGGUACUCCAAUCCAGAAUUCUUUGAAGGACUUGUGGUCUCUUCUUUCCUUUUUAAAACUUAAACCGUUUAUUGAUAGAGAAUGGUGGCACAGAACAAUACAGCGUCCUGUCACAAUGGGAGAUGAAGGAGGACUUAGGCGUUUACAGUCCCUAAUUAAAAAUAUUACACUUAGAAGAACAAAGACAAGCAAAAUUAAAGGAAAACCUGUUUUGGAGUUACCUGAACGCAAAGUAUUUAUUCAGCACAUUACACUUUCAGAUGAAGAGAGAAAGAUUUAUCAGUCUGUGAAAAAUGAAGGCAGAGCUACUAUUGGAAGGUAUUUUAAUGAAGGGACUGUCCUUGCCCACUAUGCAGAUGUCCUGGGUCUUUUGCUUAGGUUGCGGCAGAUCUGUUGUCAUACCCAUCUUCUUACAAAUGCAGUGUCUUCCAGUGGUCCCUCAGCCUUUUCUCUAGGAAAUGAUACACCUGAAGAACUAAGAAAGAAGUUAAUAAGAAAGAUGAAGUUAAUUCUGAGCUCAGGUUCAGAUGAAGAAUGUGCAAUUUGCUUGGAUUCUCUAACAGUUCCUGUGAUAACACAUUGUGCACAUGUAUUUUGUAAACCCUGUAUUUGCCAAGUCAUUCAGAAUGAGCAGCCACAUGCUAAAUGCCCUUUAUGCAGAAAUGAUAUACAUGGAGACAAUUUGUUAGAAUGUCCUCCAGAAGAAUUGGCAUACGAUGGUGAGAAAGAGUCUAAUACAGAAUGGACAUCUAGUUCAAAGAUUAAUGCUCUAAUGCAUGCAUUAAUUGACUUAAGAAAGAAGAAUCCCAACAUAAAAAGCUUAGUUGUUUCUCAGUUUACAACAUUCCUGUCUUUAAUAGAAACACCACUUAAAGCCUCUGGAUUUGUGUUUACUCGUUUGGAUGGUUCCAUGGCCCAAAAGAAAAGAGUUGAAUCAAUUCAGUGUUUUCAAAACACUGAAGCAGGAUCUCCAACUAUAAUGCUUUUGUCCUUAAAAGCAGGUGGAGUUGGUUUGAAUCUUUCUGCAGCUUCUCGAGUGUUUUUGAUGGAUCCAGCUUGGAAUCCUGCUGCUGAAGACCAGUGCUUUGACAGAUGCCAUAGACUUGGCCAGAAGCAAGAAGUUAUCAUCACAAAAUUCAUUGUGAAGGACUCUGUUGAAGAAAAUAUGCUGAAAAUACAGAACACAAAGAGGGAACUUGCAGCAGGAGCUUUUGGAACUAAAAAAACAAAUGCUAAUGAAAUGAAACAAGCUAAGAUAAACGAAAUCAAAACUUUAAUUGAUUUAUAAUUUGUGGGAUUUUAGUAAGGUCAGUUUGAUCAGAUAUGUAAGUUUUAGAAAUGAGAAAUCUAGAAAAUGUGUCUUCUGAAUGGGGCAUAUUUUAUAUUAGUGAUGAGGUAUUACUGACACAUAAUCUUUCCUGUAGAUGAGCCUAUUUUUAAUGAUACUUCAAAUAGCAAUAAGUUUCAUUAUAUACUGUGGCCUAAAAUAAUUUUUUGAGGAAAAAAGUUACUUUCUUAUUCAAUUUUUCAUAGUAAAUGCUGAGUAUUUUCAUAUAUCUACCAAAUACUCAGCUUUUUCAUAUUUCAAAUAAGGUCAAACCUUUUAUACUUUUGACCAAAUAGUUAUUUUCUAUGUUGAACACAUUUAGUUGUUCACCAAAGCUUCCGAUUUGUGAUGCAGUGUCUACAGUCCUUGUAAACAACGAAUAUAUACAGACUAUACAAAGAUCUAUUUUAUUGGACUUUCUAAAACCGUAUUUGCAUUCCAGAGCCAAACCUUAAAUGAGAGACCAAAGUCCAGGUUAGCAAGUUACUUGCAAUUUUUUUAACAGCUAGAUUAAGAUAUAAUUCUCAUAAGUGACUUGCAGUUUUAUGUUCAUGAAAAAAUUAGGGAUUAUGUUAGAACACUGUUUGAGUCAAGUGGUAGUACAUUCAUUGUUUAAAUGUAACUUGAUAUGUUUAAGGUGUAAAUACAGUCUGGGGGUGAGAGGAAACCAAUUCUACCCAAUUUGAUUUGAAUAUUUAAAUUAUGGAACUGCUAAAUAGAUAUUUCUAUAAAUAGAUAAUUUUUAUUUAUGUAGCUUUUUUUGGAAAUAACUUUAUAAAUUUUUAUAAUUCAGAAGACUACUAUAUGUGAGAGGCGUGAUAUCUGGAUGGAAGUUGGGCUGGAUGACCUCCAAAGUCGUUGCAACUCUUAAAGACAUCUUAUAUCUUAUCCUGAAUGUAAAAACUUCUUUGUCAUGUGUGUUUAGAAUCAGAACUUGAUUUUGGAACUUCAGUAAUUCAUUCUUACAUCUGUCUAUAGGUCAGUCGUCCUUUUCUUAUUAAUAAGCAAAUUCAUAGUAGUUGCAGAAUUCUUCUGGACCCUUUAGGGCACAUAAGCUAGAAAUUGACCAAUCAGGUUAGGUAGUCAGUGAUUUUGUUUCUUUAAGAGAAACUUUUUAUUUAACUCCAAAGGAAGAUUACUGUAACAAGAGAAGCUUCAUGUUUGAAGAUACAGAUUCAAGAAUGCCUUAGAUUUUACUGAUAACAUUAAAAGUGACUUGACUGAAAGAUGAGAUUGGAGGCAGAGGUGUGUUAUAGGGUACACAUCUAAGGUAUAUGCCAAAUCUCUCACCACCUGAGUCCUUCUCUGCCUGUGCCAUUUCUUGCUCAAAGGGAACAGUGAGUAAGCUAGCAGGAGUUUUCCCAGUCCCUUUUUGAGGCAGUAGCAGGUGAGGCAGAGGGCUUAUUUUCAUCAAGACUAGGACCUUAUGCAGGGAUGAAUAUGAAGUAACAACUUGGGGUUGCUCCACGGGCAGUAGUAGCAGUGGAAACCUUGUAGGUCUAGCAUUGCACAGAAAAAUCAGGUUGAUCAGAAUAUGGGUUCUCUAUAUACCAACACUCCAGUAAGAGGAAGUGUAGACGGUUCUUGGCAAAAACCAGUAUGACCUACUCCUUCUUGCUUACAAAGGCAAAGCCUUACAAACUCACUGUAAAGGAGGACAGCUUGCUUCUUUACCCAGACUUUUACAGAGUUGUGUUUUAAAACACAUUCAUAAUAGGUUUGGCAAGUUGUUUAAACAAUCUUUGUUUUGUACAGUUCUAUUAGAUGUUGUUAAACUAAAAAAAAUUUGUCCCUAAGAAAAUAUAUAGACCACUGGAAUGAAAAUUUCAUAUUAUGCUAUGCUGUUAAUUCUGUUUUAUUAUUAUAUAGAAUAAUAGCUUUAGAAAUAUAUUAUAGACAUUGUAUUCCCACUUGUGUUUCAAACUGAAUUUUGUGGUUCAAACUGGAUUUUGUUUUAAAUUUAAAAUCAAUAAAAAUUUCAAAAGUUUA